AACCCUAAUUCUUCUUUGAUUCUGUUGCAUUCCCUGGACGAGCAGCUCGUCACUUCAGAGACCGGACAGCCAGAGAUCCUGCGAAUCCAACAAUGACAAAGAGAACCAAGAAGGCUGGAAUUGUUGGAAAAUAUGGUACCCGCUAUGGUGCUAGUUUGAGGAAGCAGAUUAAGAAGAUGGAGGUUAGUCAACACAGCAAGUACUUCUGUGAGUUCUGUGGAAGGUAUGCAGUGAAGAGAAAAGCUGUCGGAAUAUGGGGUUGCAAGGAUUGCGGGAAAGUCAAAGCCGGUGGUGCAUAUACUAUGAACACUGCUAGUGCCGUGACUGUGAGGAGUACAAUUAGGAGGCUGAGGGAGCAAACUGAGAGCUGAGCCAUCAUCGGUGAUCGAUAUAUCUUCUUCUUUGAUAUGACGAUGUUUUGAGUGUUUUAGUUAAGUGGCUUAAUUGACAUCUUUUUUAGACAAUGAUGUGUGUACUAUGUGCUUAAUUUUCAUUUUUUAUCGGUA